AUGCAGAUUUUAGUAAAGACUUUAACUGGAAAAAAACAAAAUUUUAAUUUUGAACCAGAUAAUACAGUUUUACAAGUUAAACAGGCUUUGCAAGAAAAAGAGGGUAUAGACGUGAAGCAAAUCAGACUUAUAUACUCAGGAAAACAAAUGUCAGAUGAUCUACGCUUAUUAGAUUACAAGGUAACUGCAGGAUGUACAAUACAUAUGGUCUUGCAGUUACGUGGAGGUGGAAAUACAUAG